UUGACCCGGUCUCCCAGCCAGAGUAACGGUAGCUGUCGCUUCCGAUCUCUCAAUUGUUUCGGUUUGUUGACGUUUGCUGGAGUCUUGCAGCAGCUAGUAACGGGGGUCUGCCCGUUGUUUCAGCCGAGUGGUGUCAGAGUCAAUGAAGCUAGCUAGCUAAACGAGCUAACGUUAGCUUAAAUGGGUUUUAGAGUCAAAAGAUGAUCGCCUCACUUUCUAGAGGAAGUUUGCUGGACGAGGUUCUUCAUGGGGGCUUUAAUGAGCAGCAGCUGGCAGCCUAUGUUUCCUGGGUGAACUCUCAGCUGAAGAGGAAACCAGGCCUGAAGCCUAUCACCAACCUCAGGCAUGAUCUGCAGGAUGGGGUGGUGCUCACACAGCUCAUAGAGAUAGUUGCUGGGGAAACGCUGGAAGGAGUGUAUGUUGCUCCACAAAACAAAGAGGAAAGCAGGAAAAAUGUGGAGCAAGUCUUGCAGUUCAUUUCCUCCAGACACAUACGCAUGCCACACAUAUCUGCAAGAGACAUUGUCGAUGGUAAUCUGAAAUCGGUAAUGAGGAUAAUUCUGGCACUGGCUGCCCAUUUCAAACCCUCAGCCAAUCACAGGGCCGCUUCUGGAAACAGGAAGAGUUUAACAAGAGGCUCUGCCAGCCACAACCCUCUCUCCACUGUUGCACUAGCCCAAGGUGCCGCUGCUGCACUAGCAUCAGCACGACUUGAUGCCUCGCAGCCGGCGCGCUCCGUACGUAUCCACAGUGGCUGGGGAUUGGAUGUGGAUAAGGCUGUGUGUGUUCGUGCACUGGUUGAGCAGUAUGAAAGAGGAGCCCCGGAUGAGCCUGACUGCUCUCACUCCAACAGCCUCAGCUCCGUCAGUCCGCUGUCAUCUCCCAGAGCUCCACUCAGCAGCCACUCAGACAGACAGCAGGAGGACGGCCAACAACAACAGGAGGGUGGUGUUGGUGAGUUCUGUCCCACCACAAACUCUCACGUUGGAGUGGAGACGGCGUUGGAGGAUUCUCUCAGUGAAACUUUGGAGAAGGAGGUGCAGGAGACACGUAAAAUGGUGUCUGCUUUACAGGCCCUGCUGCUUCAUGGUUCACUGCCUGAGGACGAGCAGGAUGUGUCUUUGAUUUUGGACCAAGGCAGUGCUGAACAGCAACUGGUGGUCAUUCGCAGUCGUUUGGACCAGAGCAUGGAGGAGGCUCAGGAGCUGAAGAGGGAACUGCUGCGCUGUAAGCAGGAGAUGAGAAACCUGCAGGGAGUCAAGGAUGCCCAGCAGCAGAGGCUGUGCACGCAGGAGGCAUCAAUACUACAGAUGAAGCAAGAACUUCUCAGAGCCAGCAUGACGAAGGAUGACCUCAACAACCAGAACGCUGAGCUACAGUGGAAGCUGGAGGAAUGCAACAGGCUGUGGGGUGAAUGCAAGAAGGAGAUAGGACAGAAGGACAGACUGCUGCAGCAACUCAAACACAAGCUCGAUGAAAGUCAGAAAAAGCAGAGUGAACUGCAAAGAGAGUUGGAGCAUAAAAACAGCAUGCAGAUUCCCCCCGGCACAGAAAACAAUGGAUAUUCUUACUCUGGAAAUCCAGCCCCCUCUUUGUCAGAUCAGGCAGAGGAGGUUCAGCUACUCAGAGAUUCACUUCGGAGUUUGAGGAACAACUUCAGAGACCACGACCCGCAGCACCAUACACUGGACACCCUGGAGCAGGGCAUAGUAUCACUCAUCGACAGACUGCAUGUUCUGCACACACACAGGGGAAGAGGGAAAUCUCCAAGACGCAAAGGCCAACACACAGACUCCGACACCUGGCCCUGCACAAAGGUGUCUCAGUCCCACAGUGGCUCCUCAUCUGCCUCAACUAAAAUCCUUUAUUUUACUGGAAAAUCCCCAACACCUUCCAUGAUCAAUAUACCGAAAAGGCUCGGUGAGGUGACUCUUAAGGACGUUAAGGCAGCUGUGGAUCGAGAGGGAAACUACAGAUACCACUUCAAGGCCCUGGACCCUGAGUUUGGCACUGUGAAAGAGGAGGUAUUUCUGGAUGGAGCAAUUAUUCCAGGCUGGGAAGGAAAAAUAGUAGCAUGGGUAGAAGAGGACCGUGGUGAAGAAAGGCCGUUGUAGGUUCAAGCUGUGGGGCCAUGACUUUCUGUUUUCUGCACGUGGUCACUCUGAUCCCAGAGGCACAUCGAGACAGCUGUUCAACAGACGCACAUGUGGACACUUUUUGAGAUUCGACUUAUUAGCAAAAUACUGUAUGACGUGUCAGCAAGAGAUUUGUGUUGAUCAGCUGGUACUAAACAGCCCUGAUAGCGCUUAGUCACUCUGGAAACAGCGUAGAUCUCUAGCUGGUGUCUAGGAUGUCGUAAAGCUCAGUGCCUUACAAAGGAAAGCUCUUUCCAUCAUGUGCUUAUUAUCGCCAGGCUGUAACUGUAUUAUCACAACUGGACAAAUAUUAUUUUGUUUUUAACUGUUUCUAAAACUGCAGUUGUGUUGUUGUUUCUCCUCUGCUUGAAUGCAGAGAUUUGUACUGUAUUUGAAAAAAUUUACAAAGUCAUUUUAGCCCCAUUUCCACCAAACACUUUUGGUAUGGUACCUUUGGAACUGAAAGUAACCCUUCAGACAUGGUACCUAGACCCUAGCGUUUCCACCACAAACAAUACUUCUAAAUGUGGGCGGGGUUGUUGUCACUCACUGCUUUAUCCAGCACUCACUGUAUUUCCUCAUCACUGGUGACACAGAUGGAAGUCUGCACCUCGUUUAUUGUCCACAGAACGAGGUUGCACACUGACAUUUUUCAGAACAAAAUAGAUCAGGCUGCAGUGAGAGUCUCUCUCCAUGGGAUAUUUAAAAAUAGCAAGUUUGUGCAUUUAGUCCUUCUCAGGCAAGCUCAGGGGUUUAGUGUUGCUGGAGCCCACAGGAAUGAUGCUCCGUGACGCUCCUUUUGUCAGAAUGAGGAUUAGAAUAUAUGCCGUUCACAUAACCCGUUCAAAAUUAAUUUAUAUAAACACUUGAAGAUCCACUCAUCUCUAAAAGUGUAUGUCAUAUAAAAACUAAGGUGAUGGUCAAAGUUGUUACAGUGAAAUUUAAGGUGUGUUGAUGGAUUCAUGUUGUCAAGUCAUACAUUGAGUAACAUUACAAGUUAAGGUUCCACCUUAAAAGUUGCCGGCAGUCGGCCCAGUCAAUUAAGUUAUUUUUUUCUCAGACUCCAGCUGCUGCAAGAGGCAGCAAAACAUCCUUUAAUUUCUAUAGUCAAAUUUUACUAAUAAAAACUCCACAGUAUGAUCAGUGGUUACAUGAGCCUCAAAACCAGCCACAACUCAGAGUGACCAACUGCUAUCGACCAAUCAACAGACUGCAGUGUUCACAGCUCCACCUUUUGGUACCAGAUCUGUGUACUAGGUACCCCAACAGAGGGGGGGCCAAAAAUGGGGAUGGUAAAGAACGGUUCCAUUGGUACCAUCCACAACUUUUCACAGUGGAAACAGGAAAAAGAAGUGUAUCAAACUGAACUGUACUGUAUCAUACUGUUCGAUGGAAACGGGGCUUUUGAAGUGUUCAGUAUUUCAGUACUUGUGCAGCAAUGAAAUCUUUGAAAGAUCUGAUAGAUUACAUGUUAGAAAUACAGUAUAUAUUGUCCAUUUCUCUCUAGCCCAGGCACAUUUCAGUCUUAUUAGUGAAUUUAAAGUGAAUAUACAGUAUUAUCUACAAUAGCAAGUAAUAAGAAAUGAAAUAGAAAUGAAAAAAGUCACACAAGUUCAUUUUGUUUUAGUGCAGCAAAAGGUUUGUUGGCAUUCUGACCUACUUCUGACAAAUACACUGCCCAGAUACCAGCCUCUAUUGGUAUUAAUAUGUUUUGUAUUAAUACAACUAACAGAUAACACAAAAUGAUGAAAGGUGACAAAAAAUCUAUUACAUAAAAACAAACAAACAAAAAAAACAAACACCUCAAUGUGUGAAUGUGUUUCAGACUGAUUACAUUCUAAAUGGACCCAAAUCCAGAUGUCGGUUUAAAUGUCAGUCUGUGGUCACCAGCAUGCAUUUAUACACAACAUGCCCAGACUGAUCUGCCGUCAGAUAAUAGACAUGAUGCUGGAAGUUUGAUGUUUGUGUAAAAAUGCAGAUGAACAGCACUGUUGUUUUGUUUACUUUAUGAAAUUGUUUUGUACAUUUGUGUAAAAAUAUUUUCACCAUAUCCUGAACUUUUUUGAAGUUUAUGACUCUUAUUUGUUUGAAGAGAGAUUUAUGUGAGAUGGGAAUGCUUCUGGAGAUGAGAUUUAAAGGAGACUUUUGUCCUGGAACAAUGGACCAUCCCACUAUUUAUGGUUUGUGUGUAUGUGCGUGUGCGGGAGUGUCUGUGUGUGUGUGAGAUCAGGAUGGACCUUUGACGUGGUUUCUUUCACUCUGUUUCUAUCUUCCCAUUUGGGAUCAAUGUGUUUGCCUUCACUAACACGCCAACUGAAAUAUGCAUCAGCCUACUUUUAAUGAGACCUGUUUGAAUGCCAUAACUGCCUGUACGAUAAAAUGUACAAUCUGCUGGUGAGAUGGUUAUAUAGCAUUUCUUUUGUUUACUGAAAUGUUUUACAAAAGAUAGAUACUGUCUGUUUAAAAUGAAAAAUGGCCUUUGUUAUGUUGAAUGUUAGAAAGACGGAUAUUUUGAAAUAAAACAUGAGUCUUGUUUUUA